AUGGCGCGUCAAAAGAUAGUGCGCGCCCCGACUACCGCCAGCCUACCAAACAACCUCCGUAUUCCUUCGUCAACUCCAUCACUCACGAAAGCUCUGGGCAAGCUAUCGAGGCAAGCUUUGCUAGAUCUUGCUUUAACUUGGCUUGAUGAUCGCAAUAUAUCGGCCUUUCCACCAUAUCUACAACAAGAUGAACAUGGAGGACCUGAUGACGACGAAGCCCUGCCCUACCCCGCCGCCGAAACAAUCGAAGAAGUCCGACAGGCCUACGAAGACUUGCAAGACCGGAAAGGCGGCAAGCGUGAAGUUAUCGACAGGAUCUUGGAAGGCGAUUGGCGCAAUGGUAUCUCUUUGCGCCAACUAGCAAUGGCAGAUCUGCGCUACAUGGACGACCACCCCGCCAGCUUACGAUGGACGGCGCUAGAGCUCAGUCAGGUUGGAAAACAGAGUCCAAAAGAUCAACAAGAGGAUUGGUCUGGCGCGGUACCGCGCAUGCAAGCAGUAACAUUUGUGCAAGCUCUCCAGCGAGAAAUCUCCCCGCUCGUCAAAGCCCACUACCACCUGGCCCGCUCCGCAACUCUCCCCUUGACAUUUCUGCGAAUAUUUGUCGUCGACUCUCCGUAUCAAUCCCCCGUGCAGGCCGCCACGGUAUUCACCGAUUCUUCGCGCAUAAUAUACGUUGCUUUCCCCGACAGUUGCCCUUUCGUCUACACCUCCAUUGCCGCAUCGGGGUCGAAGACCGCGCCCUCCACCAGCUCCGUGGCCACAGACACCCGGACACUACAGCGUCUCGUCCGUGACGCAAUUCCCAAAGCACUUUCACGUCCACAAGCUAGGUUCGCGCUCAACGCGACCUCCCUUGCUGCGAAGAACUUGCCUACACUUCUUGCUCUUCGUGGUCCAGGCCGCUCGACUGCGUCAAAUGGUGCUUUCAGUAUAUUCUCGGAUGCAGCCCUCGAGGGAAGUCCACUUGACCCUCGCCCAUCCAAUACCGUCCUGCCAGACGAGCAUAUUGGAACCGAUCUCUCCGAUAAGGAAAAUCCAGAUCGAGAUAGCACUAAACGCAAGUCCGUGGAAGGUGCUGUUCUCUCGCCGGUAUCAAAGCAGCGUCGGUUGACAGUUCAUUCACGAUUUGGGACAGGGUCGUCACUUGCACCGGCGCCACUUGAUCGUCUUGACAUCCGACUUCUUGAUAGACCGGGCGCCGAAGAAGAUGAUGAUUCCACAUUGCCUGCUGUGUCGCUUACAUUUUCCGGCUCCAAUGUUAUUAAUGGGAUACGCAAGCUUGCUGAAUUGGGUCUUGUUGACCCAGAACGUAUGCCGUCUUGGAUGACCGGCGAAGAAGGUGUCAGUGUUGCGACUGUCCGACAUGGUCGGCGGAUUCAGAAAGACUUAUAA